GGUUCGUUUGCACCAAUAGAGACAGAGUCAAGAGGAGAACAACAUGGCGGCACUGGGAGCACUUACUUGUUUCAGGGCGCUGAAGAUUUGCGGGCGGAGCAGAUGUCCCUUUCAUCUUUGGCAUCACAUGAAAACUCCAUUGCAUGCCUCACAGGUUGGUACCUGUAUGCCAAGGAUCAGAGUGCAAUGGGUAGCAUCCUCUGCCAGCAUCCAGAGUGAUUCCAGUGAAGGACAAAUCUCUCUCAGUGAGAAUUGUGUGAAGAGACUACUGGAGAUUGCUGAAGGAUCUGAGUUUCUCAGGCUGCAAGUAGAAGGAGGUGGCUGUUCUGGUUUCCAGUAUAAAUUUUCCUUGGAUACAGUUGUGAAUUCGGAUGAUAGGAUCUUUGAACAAGGCGGUGCCCGAGUGGUUGUGGACUUGGACAGCCUAAGCUUUGUGAAAGGAGCAAUAGUCGACUUCAACCAGGAGCUAAUUCGCAGUUCCUUCCAGGUGGUGAACAAUCCACAAGCAGAACAAGGUUGUUCCUGUGGGUCAUCGUUUUCAGUUAAGCUGUGAUCAAAUGACUCCAUGUAGACUUUUGUAGAUGUUGGCAGGCAAAUUUCAUUUCAUUUGCAUGUUCCCCAGUGGAGUUCUGCUUCCUGCAACCACUGGUUUAGUACACAAAGAUGCAAGAAUAUCCUCUGAAUAGUCUCGAACGACAAUUCAUUUCUUCAAGAUGAGAUGUGAACUGUUUAAGUCUUCAUUGUUCAACCUGAAUCCAUGUGCAAUUUUCCAGUGGAACCAUGUUGAUUUUCUGCAUAGCAGGUGAAACUCUGUGCUGUGCUGGGAGAUGUUUGUACAUACUUCUUUGAUUAAUGUAUUUAAUUUUUAAAAAUAAAUUUACAUUACAUGUAA